AUGUUAAAACUAUUAGCAUGCUCGUCAGUAAGCUACUUUGCUUAUACCAGAUAUGCGAAUUCUGAAGAAUUUCAAGCUGGUAAGAGAAGAUCUGAUCUGCCAGAUUAUUCUUGGGAAGACAUUUCCAAGCACAAAAACCCUGAAAAAUCAGUUUGAAUUGGCUUCAAAGAAGGAGUUUAUGACGUAACUCAUUUUAUUGAGCAUCAUCCUGGAGGAGAUAAAAUUUUACUUGGGGCUGGAAACUCAAUUGAGCCUUUCUGAAAUUUAUAUCGCGCCCACCACAAGACUCAUGUUUAUCAAAUGCUUGAGUCGAUGAGAAUUGGCAACUUAAAAAAAGGAGAAAAAAUUAUGGUUUUAGAUGACCCCUAUAAAAAUGAUCCAAAGCGUAACCCAGGAAUGGUUACUCACGGAGAGAAGCCAUUUAAUGCAGAAACACCUAAUGAUUUAUUAGUUAAAAAUCCUACAACUCCUAAUGAAUUAUUUUUCGUAAGAAACCAUUUGCCAGUGCCUAUAAUAGACCCGCAAACAUAUCGUUUAGAGCUUGUAUUAUCUGAUGAUAAAUGUUUAUAAAUAAAAUGGCAUUCGGUUCGAGAGAAAUUAGCUUUGCUAUUUUUCUCUCCCUCAUGGAAUUUAUUUAUAGGGUUAGGUUGUCACUCGAGAACUUCUGGACAGCAAUAGCGGUUUAACUCUGGGGAUAACCAGAGGAACUGCUCCUCAGUCCUCUCAAGAUUUCUGGCUUUUACCUCUCAGCACAUCUCCACGGGAGAUGACCCUUAGGCGGAACACGCGCAGGAGCUGAGUCGAGACAAGGGCGACGGCAUCGCGCCGGGUGAGACGUGCAGCAAGGCUGGUGAAGCAGGAGUUGAUAGAAGGCUUGGCCAGGGCUGACCUGUUCCAAGAUGGCUCGCCUACGUCACUAGUUUUGCCAUAGGUCCUUUUUGGGCUGCGGCACUAGACACCUUAAACACCAAAUAAUUAAGUUAAGUAAGUUAAGAUGAUAAAUGUUUAGAGUUUUCUCUUGAUGAUUUAUCCUCAAAGUUUGAACUUGUGACUGUAAAAUCAUGCAUUCAGUGCGCUGGAAACAGAAGAGCGGAUAUGGCUAAGCAUGAAAAUGUUCGUGGAAUCAUGUGAAAUGCUGGAGCUAUUGGCAGUGCUGAAUGAAAAGGUGUAAGACUUACUCCCCCCCCCUUUAAAUUGGAACAAAAUAUCGGUAAAAUUUCCACUUUUUUGGUAAAUUAACCCCCCUUUAAAUUGGAACAAAAUUUAAUUUUAUAAUAAAAAAUUAUAUAUAAUUUUAUCUAAAAAGUUUUGAUAUAAGUUAAAUGUUUCUUCUUAACUAAAAUUAAAAAUUUAUUUAUAUCUUACUCUUUUUUAAAGAAAAAAGUAUAAAGAGCAUCUUAUUUAAAUAAAUUUAUUAUCCUUAAUUGCUAAAUUUAAAAAAAAAAUUAUUGUUUUUUUUAAAAAUUUUCAAAAAAAUUUUUGUUUUUUUUGAUAAAAAUGAUAUUUUUUAUUUGGAUAGUUUUGAUAUAAAUUCAAUAGGAAUUCUUUAUAAAAUUUCAAAAUUUACUUAUUUCUUGCUUUAUUUGAAAGAAUAGAGUAUAAAUAACAUCUUAUUUAAACAAAAUUAGCACUUUGAUCGAUAAAUUUCCAAAAUUUUUUUUUUUAAUUUUUUUUUUAUCAAUAAAAAUAAUAUAUUUUUGUGUAAAUAAUUUUGAUACCAAUUAAUAGUGGCGUAUUAACUAAUAAUGAAAAUUUAGUUAUAUCUUGCUUUGUUUUAAAGGAUAAAGAGUAAAUAGCGUUUUAUUAAACAAAUUUAUUAAUCUAAUUCGAUAGGUUUUUGAAAUUGUUUUUUGUUGAAAUUUUUAUAUAUUUUAUAAAAAAUUUUAUAUUAACCCCCUUUAAAUUGGAACAAAAUUUUUAGUUCCAAUUUAAAGGGGGGGAGUUAGAGAUAUUAUAAAUUAUGCGAAUCCGAAGGCAAAUUACAGCCAUGCUCAUAUAGAAGCUUUCGACUCAGACCCAAACGGCCCAUUUGGUACUAAUAUUCCUCUUUCCAAAAUUAUGGAUAUAGGCAAAUCCUAUUAACUGCCCUAUAAGGGCAGUACAUUGGAACUGGAAACUCUCCCAGUGCCUGGGCCAACUGAGGUUGGUCAGACCAAUAGGAGAGAGGUCCAUUGCCAACUCUCCAAUAGCUUGACCAGACUGAGUUGGUCCAGCCACUCGAGUGCUUCCUGCUCCAAUGUCCUGCCAUUAUAGGGCAGUUUAUAAGAUUUACCUAUAUCAAUGGAGACGUUAUUUUAGCGCUAGAAAUGAACGGUGAGCCUUUACCAUUAGAUCAUGGAUUUCCAUUAAGAUUAAUAGUCCCAGGGUAUGUAGGCGUAAGGAAUGUUAAAUGAGUAAAACGAAUUACACUUGAUGAUAAAGAGAGUCCUUUAAUAUGGCAUAGAAGAGACUAUAAAAUCUUCGGAAAUAAUGAUACCAUAGAUAAUACGGAUUUUCAAAAAAGGCCACCAUUAUAUGAAAUGAAUGUCCAGGCUGCUAUUUGUGAUCCUUUAGACGGAGCAUUUGUAGAAAGUGUAGAAGGAAAAGUUACCUUUAAAGGGUAUGCUUAUAGUGGAGGGGGCAAUGAAAUUGCAAGAGUUGAUGUAACGACUGAUAAUGGAGAAACUUGGCAAGAAGCAGAAUUAACCAAAGACUCUGCUGACCACAAAAGACACUGAUCUUGGUCUCUCUGGGAAGCCAAAAUCUCUAUAUCAGAGCUUCACAACGAAGUCUGUGUCAAAGCUACAGAUUCUUCUGGUAACUCUCAGCCUCGAGAUAUUAUCCCUAUUCUGAAUUUCCGAGGACUUCUGAAUAACUCUUGGCACUGCAUUAAAGUUAAUCAUAAAUCAUUUUAA